AUGGAGCGGUGUGCGGAGACCAAGUUGCUGGUGCUGUUGGUGCUGUGGGCAAUACACUGUGGCCAGACCCGAGCUGGUGGGCAGAAUGGCUUCACGGCAGUCAUCGAGGUGACCAACGGGGGCCCCUGGGGCGACUGGACCUGGCCCGAUAUGUGCCCUGACGGAUUUUUCGCCAGCGGAUUCUCACUCAAGGUGGAGCCUCCCCAAGGCAUUCCUGGCGACGACACGGCUCUAAAUGGGAUCCGACUACACUGUUCGCGGGGGAACUCGGAGCGCAACAAGCAAGUGGUCGAGUCCCAGUCUGGAAGGUGGGGCGCAUGGAGUGAACCACUGUGGUGCCCAGGCGGUGGCUACCUCGUGGCCUUCUCGCUUCGCGUGGAGGCACCAGUGACUCCCGGGGACAACACAGCCGUGAAUAACGUGCGCUUCCGCUGCUCAGACGGGUUGGAGUUGGAGGGGCCAGGCCUGACCUGGGGAGAGUUUGGAGACUGGAGCGGAUCAUGCCCCAAAGGCGUGUGCGGCUUGCAGAACAAGAUCGAACAGCCUAGAGGCCUCCGAGAUGAUACUGCACUUAAUGAUGUGCGUUUAUUCUGCUGCCACAGCUGA